CAUGCGGCUGGACCGUGGUCGGGGAAGCCUCGGCCAGCAAUUCUGACCAGUAUCUUUUACAUACUUUCUAAAAGGCUUUACUGAGGCUCAUCCAGACUGUUUUUUUUUUAUUUUCCACGUACAUGCCGGACUGGAAGAUUCACUUUUACUCGGUUGCUCUCCCGCUUUUUUUUUUCAAAAUUCACUUGUUCAUUUCGGUUUUGGUGGUUUGAUAGCCAGUCUGCACGUCCGAAUGUUAUAUCACAGUUCUCGGGAGUGCCGGAGAUGGAUGUCAGUGAUUUAAAAUAUCUCGUUGUUUUUGCUAUUAUUUAUUUAACGUGCAAGGUUGAGGGGCAGAACAAGACGCUUAAGGACCUCUUCAACAGUUCGUCUUGUGCCAAGCCGCCGUAUACCUGUCCACAUCCACAGAUUCAAUUUUAUCUUUAUACAAGGACGACUCAGAAGGAUCCUGUUCUGUUGAACGUCAGGGAUCCGCGAUCUUUGGAUCACACAACAUACGAUCCCGCCCGCCCCACCAAGAUUAUCAUCCACGGAUUUGGGGGUGGAAGAAAUUUGGCACCGAGCACUGAUCUGAGAAAUGCUUAUUUCAAACGCGGUAAUUACAACAUAAUAAUAGUGGACUACGGAUCGCUAGUACGAGAGCCAUGUCUAUCACAAAUGCAAUGGGGUCCGGACUUUUGUUCGCAAUGUAUUGCUCAAUUGGUGAGAUACUUGAGGGAUCAUCAUCGUGGUACACCAGUGGAGAAUAUACACGUACUGGGAUACAGCGUUGGUGCUCACAUAGCUGGCCUCAUAGCAAAUCAUCUGCCCGAUGACAAGUUGGGGAGGAUAACGGAUGAUUAUUUCAGGUCUCGAUCCAACGAUAUUUUUUUACAUGAAUGGAAACAGAUCCAGAGACUUGGACGAGACGGAUGCCCUUUUUGUCGAUAUUAUUCACACCGGUGCUGGUAUUUUGGGACAGUGGGGACCAAAUGGACACGCAGAUUUUUAUGUCAAUGGAGGAACGAGUCAGCCGGGAUGCGCGACGACAUCGAUAUUGAAAACACUAUCGUGCGACCACACGAAAGUAACUCCUUACUACAUCGAGUCAAUAACGUCAAAGGUGGGAUUUUGGGCAGCUCCAUGUCCAAAUCUAUUCUCAUACCUCAUAGGAUGGUGCAGUCCCGCGGACGAGGAGUGGAUACCCAUGGGGGAGGACACCCCACAUACCGCAAGAGGAAUCUUCUAUCUGUCAACAAACGGACACAAACCAUACGCCCGAGGACAUCCCGGAAAAAAACAACCCCCGAAAAGUCAGAAGCAAUCGUCCUACCGCCAGUAUUAAGCCUACUCAAGCAGCUCAUCAAUAUUAUUAUUGAAUAGUCUAAAUAGUUUGUCGAUGAGUAACGAACGUGUUCAAUAAUUUUGUGUUCUCUUUAUUAUCUAAGCACUAGGAUUUAGUUCCAAGAUUUAUACACAUUAUUUUGUUAUUGUAUUUAAAGGGAGAAGUGUCUGAAAGGAUGAUAGAAGUGUAAUCAAAUGAUGGUAGUAAAUUUUUUUUCAAUAUUUCACAUUUUUUCUAAUUAGUUUGUUUAUUUGGUGCAACUUAUAUUUUCUGAUUUCUGAUAUAAAAGAAAUAUUUCAAGAGUCUUAUCAAGCAUUAUAAAGUGUUUCUCAGAGAAACAAAAUCGAUUUGUCUGAUGAAUUGGAAGCUUUCGGUAGUGACGAAAUUAUAUGACAACUUUCUAAAACAGUCAUUAAGCUGAUAAUUUUCUCUUCCAUCAAGACGAAUUUUCUUGAUUAUGUCGCUACUUAUCCCAAAACACAAAUAGACUGCGCUAAGAGAAAUAAUUUCAACCAAGUAAAUUUAUAUGCUCCAAGUAUAUAAAUAUUUGCAUGAAACAUGCUGAUGCCAAGCGAAUUUUUUCGCAAUUACUCAGUAUACUUUUGGCACAAGCAAAUUUAGUCAUUGCAUUUAUUUGAGAUGAAAAACACAAAUGUUUCCCCCUUUUCGACAAUUAAAUAAACACUUUUGAUUUUUUGCAUUUUUGAAAUAAGUUGAAAUAUUUUAUCAAAUAUACUAGGUUGACCAAUUA